UCUUAAUAAAAAAAAUAUUUAACUUGGUACGCAUCCGUUACAGGAAAAGAAUUUUUAACAGUUUUUAGUCAAAUUUAACAAUGUUUAAAAAUGUGGUGGCUGUUUUUGAAGUUAAAAGACUUUUCUUUAUUAUAUUAGGCGUCUUCACAAUAAAUUGCUAUCAACAUAUCUAUCCUGUUUGGAGCUACAGUAACGUAAAUGGAACCGUUUUUAAAACAAGUGUUUAUCAGUAUACAUGCAAGCCUGUUCAAAAAAGGCAGCAGAGUUCAUGUUACCAACGAGAUAUAAAAACUGGUAUUGUUGUCUUUCUUCCAGUUCAGUUUUACGAUGUGAUUGGCUACAGUAAUAAAACAGAGAUGAUUUAUGGUUACACAAAUCGUAGAAAUAUUGUCGAGCUUAAUUUUAAUCGAAAACCAGCGCUUGUUAUAUUAACGCAAGAUAGAUGGAAUGACUUGCAAGCUAAUCAGUUUGUAUGGAGACUUUUAUCAACAAAAUAAAUGUGACAGAAAAGUUUUUUAACUUUUAAUAAGUUUUUAAUGAUAUAUAUUUGUUGUAACUGAUUUUUUAAAAAGAAAUAAAAAAAUAAAACACAGACGAAUACUAUCUAUUAUUUACUUUUGUGUGAUAGUUCAGUUCGAUUAGCUCAAACCUUCAACACACGUAAAAACUCUGAUGACGGACUUAAUAAAUCAAAAAUAUAUUUAAAUAUAAUAAAGUUUUUAGCGAAUUAUUAUUUG